ACAAAUUUUUCCAAAUCAGUCUUCGGACAACUUUCGAGCGGUUGGGAAGCUUUCUUCCUCGGUUGGUUGGCUAGUGAAAAGUGCAAAACUUUGGGGGCUCACCGCAGAAAAAAAAGAAGGUUGGAGAUGAAAGUGUUUUUUUUUGUGUUGGGAGGAAAAACUUUGAAGGUCCUUUUUGUUUGAAAAGGAAUUGCGGUUAAGUUUGGUGAAAGGAAACUUUGGCCGGGAACGUUUCGGCAUCCUCCCCAGCGCAGAACGUUUCUCAUUCGCCACUUCCGGGAAGACGGUAAAAAGUUCAACACAAAACUAGGAAAAUCCAGCCGUCACUGUUUUGUUUUGGCAUAUCGCAAAAAGUCAGCGCCCCCAAAAAUGUGUUCAAGAACUGAUUCAGAUAGUGUGUAGCAAAUGUAAAAAGCAAAAAGUUAAAAAAAAAAUAAAGUGAAAAGUGGAAACUCCCAACGGGGGGGAGACACUCCGCCAGCUCUAAGCUCCAAGCUGGUCGGGUGCAGAAAAAAGUGUCAAAGUGAGAAAAUGAUUCCCAACCCUGAGCAAUCAACGUUGUCACGAGUGAAUUCCCCGGCGAUGGCUGGGGCGGCCUCGAAGGUGGAGGUCCGUGGGAAGAUGGCCCCGGAAAAUGGCGGCGACGGCCAUGUGACAGCCAGCCGUUGUUGCCGGCUGCCGCCGGUGGGAAAAAAUUGUAAAAUUGAAAUCGCAAAAUGUUUGCUCUUCGUCACGCUGCUCCUAACGAGUGUUUGCUUUCGAAGCGUUUCGGGUGACGAUGCCGGAUCUUCCUCUGGGGCAGCGGCGGCCCAGGACCAGAACCAGAAUCCGACGCCAACGGCUGAACCCGAAACAACGACCGGCUGUCCGCCGCCGGAAUUCAAAAUUUCUCGGCCCCGAAAAAACAUGCCAUCGACGGAGGCGCCCUUCGUGACGUUCGAGACGACCCAGGUUUAUCUGCCUCAGGAUUUUACCACGGCCGAUUUGGAACUGGUCGAUGGGGGCAGGGCAGCGCACGUUGCCGGCAGCUCUGGAGGAGCACUUGACGCCCACCAGCAUCAGAGUGCCGCCCUGCACGAGGAACAACACGAUACUCCCUUCUGGUGGGAGAUGGGGAUCCAGAAUGCCGAAGCCAGGGAAUCACUGGCCGCAGCAUCCUUCUCGUCCUUGGGCCACCAAAGCAAGAGCCGUGCCAGACGGAGUGUCUCGUUCUCAUCUCGGCCGGGUGGCCGAGUUCGCUUCCGACGAUCCUCAAACGCCAUCGGGGGACAUUAUCUAGGACAGCAGGAUAAUUCCCUGUUGCAUCAGGAGCUGACACCGGUCAUAGUGAUUAAUAACAUCUUCAACGAGAAUGACAGUGACCACAGCGUGUUUGAUAAUGUCUUCUUGAAUAGCAAUCAAAUGGAACUGGACGACGAUGAUGCCGAGAAGAAUCGCUACGUGGAUAAGAACGAAAUCGGGGAAACGGUUGGACAGGGAGAAGAUCUGCCGGUGGAUGGGACGGAAGAACUGAUGGGUGCUGCUGCUGCCGGGGCCAGUAGGUCUCGGGUCAAACGGAAGUCGGGCAAGACGACGGGAGCUCUAAGCAGGGCCAAGGGUAGCGGCGGAAGUGACAGCGGAAGCAAAAGCAUCACCCGGCACAACAAACAAGAUAACUCGGAAACGGACCAUUCGGACCAGGGACCUCACGAUGAAGCUGUCCCGAUCAACGAAACCGAUCAGCCUUCCGGGAGCAACAAAUCCCUAGUAUCUCGGGUGAAGCGUAAGUCUGGUAAGGCCACCGGUGCUCUGAGCCGACCGAAAGGUGGCAGCGAUAGUGGCAGUAAGAGUAUCAGUCGAAACGCCAACAAAGGUCAAUACGACGAGGACGGAGGUUACGUUCCACCGCUGCCGGACUCUCACGAGAGCGUCGACGAGAAGGAAGAGAGUGAGGAGAUCGAGGAAAGUCCGGAGCUGCACCAGUUCCGGGAGGUAUCCGAGGUUCGCUUUCCGGGAGAGGUAGGGCCUCUGGGGGGUCAUCGGUUGUGCAAGAUCCAAUGCAUCAAGGGCCACUGGAUUGGACCGCUAUGCGCAAUGAACGAACACGAGGUGGACGAGCAUGGACAGCUGAAAUUUGAACCCCUGUACAAACGCUGUGUGGUAGAUCACAUUCCGCCCCAUUUGCUGUUGAGCUACAAGAACGUUUCCGUGACGCUCGGAUGGGAUCUUCCUCAUGGCCAUACACUGCAGGCAAGAUGUCGCGAUUUAGGGCUCUACAAACUGCUAGGCGAAACGAAGGUCCUGUGUUCCAACGGCCUAUGGGCCCCAAAAAUGCCAUCUUGUGUGCCAACUACCCUCUUAACCAAUUAUUCAGAUGAUAGUCCCCCAUCGAUUCGGAUCAAAGUCGGAGUAGGAUCUGCUGCGUACGAACCAUCGGGUGUGUUAGCUGUUCUGCCAACCAGCACCAUUCAUCUGGAUUGUAUGUACCCGAGACGUCGAGGAUCCCCUGAAUGGACCUGGACCGGAUGGUUCCGACAGUACUUAACCGAAUUCCCCUGGCAGGAAAUCACCGUUAAUCAAUACAACCCCAUUCCGGAUUAUUUCCAUGUAGGUUGGUCGGCGGUUCCGGAGGAAAAAGCCUCCCGCUAUCGGCUCACUAUCAAGGACAUCCAAAGCCAGGACUCGGGCACCUACACCUGUGCCUCACCACGGGGUCUCACCAACAGCAUUGUGAUUAUUGUUGCAGUAUCGCAGUGUACAUCUUUACUGGAACCGAAACCGCCACUGUCUUUGAGGUUGGAAGGAAUAAAACUUGGUCAACGGGCUCUAUAUCGUUGCCCCCUAGGAUACACCUUACAGGGAACGGCCAAUGCCACUUGUCUAGCAUCAGGAAACUGGUCCUCUCCAUCCCCGAAUUGUCACCCGAUCCAAUGUCCGCCGCUGUUCCUGGAGGAUCCGCACCUCAGUUUGGUGGAGCUGAACACUUCGGCCUGGGGCCGGGCCGUAUUCCGAUGCGCCUGGGGCUAUCGACUCAGCGGUCCACCCGGGCUAGAAUGCGAACCGAAUGGCCGGUGGAGUGGACCCAUCCCCAGAUGUCGCGCGAUUCAAUGUCCUCAGCCGCUUGUCCCGAUAAAUGGAAGAAUCGACGGAACCAGUGGCUUGAACACAUUCGGACAGCGUCGCUACGCCGUGGGAGCUUUGGUAACGUUUAGUUGCACCGAGGGUCACAUGUUGGUCGGUGAGGCGUCGAUUGUGUGCACGGAGACCGGUUUCUGGUCCCAUCCGCCACCAUUUUGUAAGGCCCAGUGUCCGUACCCGGGUGAUCCCCCGAAUGGUUUGAUAGCGCCGCUGAAGUUCUACUACGACCCUGGGGACUAUCUGACGGUGCAGUGUCGGCCCGGAUUCGUCGAGCAUGGGGCCAACGGAGGUCCACCGGAACGUCCUCGAUGUACCCCGGAGGGCGAUUGGUCCGGACCGGUUACGCAGUGCCGCAGCUACGAGGAGAUAUAACUACGGUACCCGUUGCCGACCCUUCGACCCUAGGACCUGUGCGUGCAACCUUACACCAGUUCAUAUAGGGAUGAUUCAUGUGAUAAAUAGUGACGUUUAUACAGGACAUAUAGCAUACGGUUCUUGUGAGACAAGACAGGAAGCAGCAGCAAGAUUGAUCCAAAGAAAAAACAAAACAAAACAAAUGGUUUAAUGUUAUUCAUCAGAGUACAAUUUUAAGCGGUUUGAUUAUCCCCAAGUGUAGGAAAUUACUGUAAUGAAAUGCCAUCCAAAGCCAAGACCAUAGUCGUUGUAUUUUAUCCUAGCAGAAUGUGUACCCUGAUGCAGGUUAUACCAGAUAAAGAUAUUUGUUCCUACUUUACACAAAACUAAUUUCAAACUCCCACCUAAACGAUGUAGGUAUCAACAAACUAGAGAAUUAUGAUUAAGUUUCUAUUUCUCAGUUAGAGUAGUUUCAAUAGCUAUCAAUAGGAGGCACUGUGGCCGUGGCCGUGUGGAUAGGAAAUAGGGCUCAAGAAAGGUUUUCGGCAAACUGAACUGACUUUAACCUUCUACCUAUACACAUACAACAUAUAUCAAUUACUCUAACCACUCUGAAAUCAUAUCUUAUACACCUAUACUUACUAACUGUACUCUCAUCAAUCUAUGGAACCUAAGAGUAUUUUAAAACACUUUUAAAUUCGCCGUCACGCAAAACAGACCUUAGCUGAAACACCGUCACAGGUUGGCAACGAGAGGUUUUGCGUGCUGAUAGGGUCAUUUUGCCAAAUCAAUCAUCAAAAUGGCUCUGGAAGGGAUUUCAGACUGCAUAAAUAUUCAGCAAAUAUUCUGUUUUUUUUUUAAAUAUUAUUUUGCGUUAUAUAUUGUAGUCCAACACAUGUUAAUUUUAGUGUAAUCACCAUGCUACUCCCGCAAGCAAUUUGAUGAUGAAUUGAAUUCGAAUUGACCCUCUUCCAACUCCGAGAAUCGUGAAACCUAUACUGAGUCUUCAGCAUUCGCUGCGCAAAGAAUAGGACUCAAAUGGGAUCCAGAAUAGGACUCAAAUCGAGUCAUCGCCGCUGGUGUUCACAUCUUAUGCCAAUGACGUUGAAAUAUUGAGAACUCAUAAUAGGAGUAAAGGCUGAAUUUUGGUUUUACUGGAGAUGAGGUAUUACUUGUCGUGGAGUUAACACUGCCUGAUCUGCUUAUCUACAAUAAAUCCAGGACUAUCUGGAACAAGCGUGGAUUCGCAUCGAGUUAGGUGAUUGAAAAAUCUACGUUUGCGUACUGUAUCUGCAUCCCGAUCUUGCUCUAGUUGCGUCUUCUUUACAGAGCAUCUGAAAAAGAUUCUCUUUCGGUUCUCCAGAAUAUACUCGCCAUUGGCGACUUCAAUACGUCCAUGAUGCUUAAAUCCCAUUUCCUAGUUCUGACUCUUCCUCCAGGGAAGUCAUCUAGUGUGCCUCAAGGGAGCUAUUUAUUUGGAACCAAUAACUUAAAAAUUUAUUUCAACGAAGUGCUUUCACUCCGCCCAGGCCAAAACAUUGUUGCAUUGUAACCUCAAAGUAGAGCCCAACAAUAUGACCAGAAUAAUAUUGAUAUUCUGUAAAGUAAGUUCAGCCUCUUUGCUAACUGAGACAUUCAAUCGCAAAUUGAUCCAGAAUUAGGCGAUGGAGAAAGACUUUCUUGGAAAUGCUUGGUGUUGGAAGCACUUUAUUGGUCACAGAUGCUUCAUGGAGCACCAACAUACUGACCAACUUUUUUGCCAGGACGCCAACACUUGGCACCUCGUCUAGGACGAGUUCAUCCGUAUCAUGUAACUUUGAUAACCUUGAAGUCUAAGAUAAGCCUAAGACGGUGUAGAAAUAAGACUAAUUGUAUUUUGUAUUCAUUUGGACUUGCAUGAAUUUGUAUUAACAAUCAAUCUUACAAGCUAAAUUACCUUGCAGUGAAGAUGAUCAAUCAGCUGCUUCACCGAUCAUCACUGGCUUUACGGACACCUUAGUGUUGUUGAUGUUCGUUUUUUUCUUCAUGCAUCAGCUACGAGCCAUUUCAACAAUCAUCAACCAUCAUUAAACACUCAUGCAGGAUUCCGCUUUGUUUACAACCAGAUCGGAGAUUUUGAUUAUUUCACGCACAUUGCUUUCUCACGCCGGCUGUAGUGCCACUUACUGCUUCUUUGAGUAUUGGUGUUCAGCACCGUCAUGCAUCGGUCGUUGUGACACAUACUCCCCUCACUUCUCACUGGUGAUGAUCACUGCCCUAGAUUGAACACAGACACUCUUGAAUGGCGCCUCCCUUUCGCCAAUUCCAAUCACUGGUAAGACGAUCAAUCGUCUUCUUCUAGGUAGACAACCUCCUGUUUCGAAGCUACUCCAAUAGCCUUUCCCGCGAUCGUACACUUGCCGAGGAUUCCACCGAAACAAUUCGCACCAACUCGUUCAACUUUUACCAGAUGGUCGAACGACGUCCGUUGCCAUCCGGCGCAUGCAAUACUGAGUCUAGCCGUUCACUGGGUUGGUGAUUGUGACAUGGGACUGACGAAUAGGUCUUCUAUCCGGUGCUCAAGAGUACGAUUGUGUGCGUCCGCUUCAGCAUCUGCAUGAAAGGCCCUCUAUUGAGAGCCUUCCUUUUAACUAGAUGCAAUUCAAAGGGCGGUACGCAGGACGCCAUUGGUUUCCUUCGUGCCGUGUAUGGCUCGUUCCGAUCUUCUAAGAAAAUCUAACGAGCAGCCGAACAAUUAGGAGUGCCUUCAAGCUGAUGAUCUCCGUGUGCAAUUUGAGCAGGUCAGUUUCGAUCUGCUGGAAGGAGCUAACGAGCUGACCGAGGACGAUUUGUGAGUGCCUUCAAGCUGUUGAUCUGCGUGUGCAAUUCAACGGCUUUUGGCCUGAUCCUUUUUCUCAUCUGAUGUCAGCACGCUAAAGGUUUAAUGGUGAUUUUGGAAAUUACGUUCUCGUGAUGUCGAUUUUUACUCUUCUCAUGGAGCAUGCAAUACUUUUUCCGGACAACCAUAGCAACGUUCCCAUUCGUUGGUGUUUCUGAAUUAAUAUUCCACCACAUUACUUUAAGUAUUUCUCGACAGUGUGACUUCUGGACUGUCAAUGAUCAACUUUUGCGGAAGUGACGCGAACGACUGUAUUGACAUGCUGUAGAUGGAUUCUGAUGAUCUUCGGUUUGUGAUGAUAUUUUAAAACAAGUCACUUCUGCUAACUUGAGGCUCGAGAUGAAUUUUCUCAUCGUUGAUGGUUGUUGUUUUGUGUUGACCAAAAAAAGCAUAAAUAGCAAAAUGUACACAGUAACAACCAUCCUACAGAUACAUGCCGGAAUCCUCAACUGAAGCUGUUUAAGGUAGGCUUGCCAGAUACUUUCAGAAAAAAGCGGGACAUUUCACGAAAAAAAGCGGGACACAGCGGAAAAAAGCGGGACAUUUAAGAAAAUUUUAAAAAAAGCUCAAAUGUGUAGCAAAACUUAUACGUUUACCAUCAGCCGAAAUUUUGCACAAAGGUUUUUUUUUAACAAAGAUUGAUUUUGCUGAUUUUUUCUUACAUGACUUUUAUUUACAGUGAUUUUUGUCAUAUGCACCGCUUUUUUCCACGGUUC